UCAAUCUUUAGCUGAAGCUCACAUUUCAUGUUGAUUUAGUCGUAUUCGAGCUGUCGAGAGAGAAGGAUAUAUUAAAAUUGAAAAAAAAAAAACAUUGCCAUUUUGUCUAGCUGCAGUUAAUCGGCAUCAACUUACUGGACAUCUGCACUUGAGGUCGUCUUGAUUUUUGUUUAUCUGCAACAGCAUAAUUUUUUCUAUAAACAACAAAAAAAAAGAAAUGAAAAAUGGCAUCCUCGAAUUUCAAUGAUUUUGUCUCAUGUCCAUAUGACAAAACACACAAUGUGUUGCGAGGCCGUUUAUUGCAACACUUGGAUCGGUGCAGUCGCAACUCCAAUAUCGAAUUGAAAGUUUGUCCCUUUAAUGAUGUUCAUCGCUUCCCUGAGGAAAAUAUUGGGGAGCAUAUUAAAGUAUGCCCGGACCGUGCCAGCGUUGAAUUGUUUAAGAACAAGGAAAAGCUGCCAGGAGCAAAGGCAGCCGCAUCCAUAGAUGUGGUUAAAUGUGAUGAAGACUGGGACAAAGAUCCCGAUGUCCCAACCUACAAUCCGAAUGCGUACUGUGAGGAGAAUUUGGUGAUUCGUUCAAAUGUCGUGAAUGGACAGCCAAGAUCAGUUCGUCGUAAUUUCCGCGAGAGUGAACGACGUCGUUUUGCAGAUAAGCAAUAAAAAUAAAAAAUUGCAUUUAUAUACUCAUGCAUAUAUGUAGAUAUACAUACGUACAUUUACAUAAAUAUUUAUAUUGGUUUUAGAUUUUUAUUACACACAUUUUACACAAUAAAACGAGAGCAUGUAUUUUCAAUAGCAA